AAAUAUUUUUCGCAUUAAAUCAAAAUUCAUUGAAUAGUAAGUGAAAAAAAAAGAUAUACAACGAUAAAAUGAAAUUUGAAAAAUUUUUCAUUUCGGCGCAUACGGCACGUAGGCUAUUCUAGAAUUUCUGUUAUAACGACGUAAUCGUAUAAAUAAACAAUAGUCUACAUGGAAAACGGAUGUUUAUGAAUAAAAGUUACCCGAAAAAAUUCUUAUCUUUUUUAAAACAAAAUAUUUAUCAUUCUACGUCAUUCGAACAUAUUUUAAUUUCCUAUAUAAUCCUAAUUUUUUUCUCUCGAGAGUAUUAUUCAAAAUUUACUUUCUAUACAAUUGUUUGUCAUCUAUAGACAUUAAAAAUGAAGACUACAGUAAUUUUCUCUCUUCUCUCAACGAUUUUUAUUUCAUCUAUCAAUAGCGAUGAAAUUGGCAGUGAUUUCAUUUUUAAAAAUGUACCUAUUCUUGGCAAAGAACAUGGAACUGUAAGUGUUGUUGAUUUCACUGAUACAACAGUAAAUCUAAAAUGGGAUAUUGUCUACAAUAGAACAUUUCAAUAUCUUAUUGUACACAAUAUAAAUAAGAAGACGAGCAAAUUCUUAAAAAAAUUUGUCGCAAGACGAAAAUUAUCAAAUACUAUUGAAUACAGAGUAAAGGAACUCGAACCAGGCUACAUAUAUAAAUUCGAAGUCUUGUGUUUGAAGGCGGAUGAUUUAACGGAAUAUGAUCUGGAUUUUGAAAGACACGUGAGCAAGGAAGUCAUCACUGAGAAUCCAAAAGAAAAACCCAAUGAUCUUCAAAAGUUAAGGGUGUUUGAUGUCACUAAUAAUGCAGUUACACUUCAGUGGAGUAAAAAUAUCAAAUCUCCAACAACUCUAACGUAUUUCAUCAAAUAUAAAGAAGUAGGCUCAAUAAUAAAGAAAACUAUAGAAUUUUACAGUAACUCCGAAUAUCCAUUAUAUAAAAUUACCGGACUUAAAGAGGGUAAAAAAUAUCAAUUUCGAGUUUACUCUCAGAAUAAUAAAGGAAGAUCCAAUGUCCUCAUGAUGAAGAAACUCGUACAUAAAAUUCCGUAAUGUAGAAUAGUUACAUAAUUAAUUAGAAAAGAAAAUCUAAAAAUUUAAAAAUAAUGACAUUUUUUAUAUAUUUUUACUAUUUUCUUCUUAGUUUAGUUCUACGUAUACUCCCAGAACAAUGUAAUUAUAAUUUAUAGUUUAAAGGUAAAAAAUGACCUUUAAAUUUAGAUGUAC